CAGCAUGCAAAAACACACUGACGAUGAUGAGACUGGAGGCUCGAGUACAGUGACAACAGAAGCAAUCAUGGCAUCCCCAGAUGAGGACAGGCGUAGUUCGCUGAAACCUUCCGUUCUAAUCCUUGGAGGUUGUGGCUUUAUUGGCAGAAACUUUGUUCAUCAUUUAGUCAGCAACAAUCUAGCCACCAAGAUCCGUGUAGCUGACAAGACCCCACCACAAACUGCAUGGCUGAAUAAAUUACACAAGGAAUCAUUUGCUAAAGUUGAAUUUGUCUCUGCUAACCUCAUCAAUACAGGUUCUGUAUCUAAAGUGUUUGACGAUAAUGGAAGUUCCUUUGAUGUUGUUGUCAACCUCGCUGCUCAGACCAAGUAUGGAUGCACAGAUGAGGUGUAUAAAGAAGGAGUACUUACUCUGAGCCUCCACUGUGCAAAGGAAGCUGCAAGGAGAAAUGCCAAGAAAUACAUAGAGGUAUCUACAGGUCAGGUGUACACAGCUGAUAAGAAAGCGAGUCAUGAAGAUUCCAAAACAUCACCCUGGACUGGUAUAGCUAAAUACAAAUUGCAAAUAGAAGAAGAACUGCCUCGUAUUGAAGGAUUGAAUUACAUGAUUAUAAGACCAGCUAUUGUGUAUGGCAUCGGUGAUCGGACUGGAGUCAUGCCAAGACUUAUUACAGCAGCAGUCUACAGACAGCUUCAGGAAAAGAUGAAGUUAUUAUGGACUCCAGAGUUGAAGAUGAACACUAUACAUGUUGAAGAUUUAUGCUUGGCAGUGUGGCACUUAAUACAAUAUGGUGAACAGGGUCAUGUCUACAAUAUUGUAGACAAGUCAGAUACAACUCAAGGCUCCAUGGCUGAAUUGGUUUGCAGAAUAUUUGACAUCAAACAUGACUACUUUGGAACAGUCAUCUCCAACUUUGCACGGCUGAAUAUGGCUGAGAUUGUAGACGAUUCAAAUGACAAACAUUUUGAGCCAUGGACUGAAGCGUGUAAUCGAGAUGGUUUGCAGUAUACCCCAUUGAGCCCCUAUCUGCACCAGGAGCUGUUGUACAACAAACAUUUGUACAUGGACGGACAGAAACUAGAGACCACUGGCUUCCAAUUGACCAAACCACAACUCACUGAGGAAUUAUUAAGACAGAUGCUGGAUGACUAUGUAAGCAUGGGUCUGUUUCCUAAAUCUCUGGCACCAUCUCUAAGGUAAUAUCAGUAGAUCUGCUUGGAUGAUGAGGCAAGGAGCCAGGGGGUGCUAUGUGGUUAUGAUAAUUCCUGCUAAUAUACAUGUAUGUAUACACAUUGAUCUCUAUUAUACUUGCUGGAAUACAGGGUGAUGUAUGUACAUUAUUCAAACUACAUAGGGCGAUUGUUGUAAAAGACCCAGAGCCGUAUAUUGGGAGACUUACAACAAUUUGUGAUUAGAAGCCAUUUUCUUCCCCAAGAAAUGCAUGGGAGAAUACGGGGUGCCAGACUAUUCUGCCCAUUGGGUUGUGCUGCAUUUAGAGACAACAUAGCAUCCAGCAACCACAUGACCAAAGAAAACUGGUCCCUCCAUGUUGCAACUUCUCUUAAUAGACCUUAUGCAUUGACGUCAUCCAGCCGCCA